AUGAAGUCUCCUCCCUUCUUACACAGUAGCCGCUGUCUGUUCCUUCCUCCUAUCCUCCUCCUCCUCCUCUCCCAAGUCCGCUGUACUCCCGCAGCGGCAGUUGCUCUUCAAGAUAGGGAUAGUGGAAUCCAUUCUCACCCCUUCUUUGCCCUCAACACAAAUCCCUGUCACGAUGACCCCUCAUUGUGCUUUUCAGUGCCCUCUGCGCCCCAGAAUCUCCGGGUGAUUCAAAUGCGUCGAGAGAGCGCCAGUUCGGGCCAAGUGGAUGCUCCCCAGUCUGAUUACAUUGUCCUAGAACUGAAGUGGAACCCGCCCGCGGAUACCUACGGUGAACUCAAGGGCUAUCAGGUUUCCUAUCGGUUAAUCGGACCGCCUGAAUUGCUGCAGGAGGAGGCUGCAAGUGGCGGUGGUGGUCCUCAUUCUGAGAGAACACCUCAGACACAUGCCGUCCGACGUAAUGUGACGGACACUUCCUACACAUCAACACAAAUAGACAAUAUUCGUGAGUCUGCGCUAUUUGGUUGCGUUUGGUGUAUAUGCAGUAUGUCUUGAAUCAGUAAGGUGGUUUAACUCUUACAAUCUGCCUUUUAUUCGAAGAGUAUUUAAAUAAAAAGUACGAUUGUGAUCAGGUUUCGAUGAUGGUGCUAUAAACUAAAGAACCAAACGCUUUAUGGAAGAUUGAGAAAAUCUGAUCUUCUUGAGCACUGGAUAUCUAAUUCAGGAAGUCAUAGAAUCACGCCUGUGUCUAGAUGGGUUGCUCUUAGUCAGGCUUUUAGUUGACGUCUUGCCUGCCACCUUCAGUUAGGCACUGACAUUGCAUGAAGAAGCUACACCACCCUUACGGAAUGGACGCGGAAAAUUUGUCAAAAUCGCCUUUGUUAUCCAUCCAGAAUGGCGUGACAUAUGCUCUCACAGGCAGUGCAUUGCACCCAGAAGUUGGUUUUAGGGCAACGCAAGUUAAGCGUAAGUUCGCUUUCACCCCCAUGCAUACAGUUCAGUAUUCACAACCACUCAGGGGGACUGAUUGGACAAAUCACGCGGGUCCUUGCGGCAACAUAAAUAACGUGGUCGGUCCAUUAAUCAUUUCUAAAUCUUAUAAAAAAUCUGCGAUUAGCGUUGAGUCGACCGACAAUAUCCUUCCUUCUCCAGCCAUUUGGCUGCGAAUUCAGGCGACUUAACAGAAACUGUCUAUUUUUCCAGCCAAAAGCCACUAGUACCGCGGUGUACAUUCUCUUGGUCGGAGAUUCAGUCCAAAGACACUACGACGCUGAUUGGCGAGUCGGCUGAUCUAGUGACCGGGUUAACUAGAGACUUCAUAUUCAGUAGUAUAUAGUGCAGUCAUUGAGCGAUCUCAUAAUGCACUGGCCGAACUUCUGGAAUGUGUUUAGAAUUAAAAGGAUUACUAAAGUGAGACUCUAACGUUAUUUACCGUGCAGCGUAGUCAGUCGCGUCAGCAUAUCGGCCAUUGAAUGCGCGUAUUUUCAGCCGCCAGAAAGGACUGCCGGCAGUAAAAGGUGGCUACUUAAGGAGUUUGCAUGUGUGGUAUUGGUUUCCGAUGUCCUUCUGGAAUCAAAUAUGUUUUUAUAAAACAGGAACAUAAAUAUCCUUCGUUGUACCCGUUCGGUAGUCAGUCACGUGCUCUUCAAUUUUCGCACUCGUAGAAAAGGUAUCUAUCUGUUUUAAAAAGUUUUUUAAUUAACCGAUUGUUUAGGUCGGCACAACGUCCAUUCAAAUAGCAUCAUAUCUAUCCAUUUACUUAAACUACUCAUAGGAUAUAACACCCAUCCAUUGCACAAUUUUAUCGAGUCCUGUAUGGUAUCUUACAAGUGGCACAAAGGAAUACUUGAUUUUUUACACGUAAAAUGCACAGCCCGUCGACUGAUAACUCCUAAAUACAAGGGUAGAUCAUGCUGAAAAUUGUCUGAAAAUUAAUGUGCUUUUUAAAAAUUAAGUAUACACUUCUUUCGAGCAUAAUAUAUGAAGACAAAUGGACUUCUUAUUAAACUGGUGUAAUGAGAGAUAGAUCUGCGCAUAUUUUCUGCAAAGUGAAAUCGAAUGUAGUAGGAUAUCAAAAAUCAGUUGAAAAUGCAUACUGCUUAAGUAGCCACGUCCGACUUGGUGUUAUUUUUGCAGAUGUUCGGGAAAAACCAGGCGUGUCUGAAAUAUCAUGUAGUUAUGCUGCACAACCAUCUAUAUUAUAACCCCACUUAAGUGAUCCCUCCUUAUCAUAAAAACAUUUCAGAAUUUUGAUUACCAUUUCGUGGGGAUCGGUCACUAGACGAACGUUUGUGACAGGGGAUUAAGGACCUCAAGUGUUGGGUUCAAGGUUCGAGUUAGAAUUAGGACAAGAGAAUAGGCAUCAAUUUGGAAUUUCGCUCAAGGUCACCUGUAAUGCGGGGGUCCUAACUCCCUGUCCAACCUUAAACAAUAUCGCCGACUUAGUCAAGGUCAGUCAGCUAGCCUGAUAUAGCUCUUCUGUCAUUACCAAAAAUGCGAAGGGCUCUCCGGUGAAUCCAGUCAGUAAUUAUCAAUUUCUGUCCCGAGAGGUUUAGGAAUCUUCAGAAUUCUUGUCUUUGAAACAUCGAUGCUAACGCAAAGUAUUGCAGCCGGUAUUUCAUACGCCACUUCAAAGUGGUUCCAAUUUCUGCAUGGGGCCUGAGGGCGGAUCAUCCUUUAAUGCAAGAACACGUCAUAAAGCAAGUCAUCGCUAGAAUGGGACGGUAGCAUGAAAGAGUUACUAAUCUGAUUCCAGGCUACAGCUACGGGCUGGCGUUUGAAAAACACGAGAACAACACUUAGACGAGGGCGCAUGCAAAUAGUUAAUUAAUUCGGCUAAAUGAUGGGGGCCCUCGGACAAACUCCAUCCGCCAACGCCCCGCAGAAUUCGCGCCGGGGGUACCACAUCCCGAGCUGCCAGCGCCACGCCUUGCUGCGAUGUGAAUCACCGUUACCCCCUACUAAAUAUCGGUGAGGAUAACACGCUUUUCAGUCUGUAGUUGGUUGUAGCCAAAGUGGAUUGCGUCUGAGGCCACCCGAGUAUGUUGUUCACCGAUAAACCCCGAUUUAAAAGUCGAGAUGGGCAUUUCCUGUUAGGCAUGCCAAGCCAGUAAAUAGACAUCUCUAGCCUUUCUUGGCGAUUAAUUUCAAUUUAUUCUUUCAUAAGGCAGACGGUUUGUGGCAAAUGCACCACCGGGGUUAUUUUGCUUUUUAUGGAAAAUAGAGAGGAGACCAAAUUAAAUUAGAUUAACCGGAAAAUGCUUUGUUUAUGUUCUUCUGUCCUUCCCCAUUGAAAAUCCGUCAUUGUGGCGCUUCAUAAACAGAAACCGUUUGAAUAACUGAAAAACGAACAAUAAAUUCUAUUUAUCCCCAACGCUUUUUUAACAUUUUUUAAGCUGCCGACCAUUUCUAAUGUAGCACAGAUGUAUCCCACCUAUUUAAUUUAAAUGGAGUAAAAAGUUACUUGCUUGGGCGAACAAUUGUGCUAAAAGAGAAUAACUGACGAUAUUUAUUUGUACAUGCCAGAAGAAGAAUUAAAAAGACCUAGCGGCGCAGGUUGCGUAAGGGUUGUCAAGAUGUUUUAACGUAGUCAUCAGAGUAAAAAUACGACAAUGUAAUACCUUUUUGGCAACGCCUUCAUAGGGGCUAUGAAUUUAUUUAUUAUUAUUAUCAUUUAAUGUCAAAGUAUAGUGUCGCCUUUGGAUUGGUGACAAUAUGGAGGAUCAGAAUUUGUAAAACCACAAAGAUUUAGGAUGUUUAGCUCUCCUGCCCUAGACAAAUACUCCUCAGAGCAAGUAGCCCCGGCAAAAAACACACACUUACGAAAACUUACUAAAUAUUGAGCGAAUUCUCACUGGUUUUAUGACCAUAGCCCAAAUGGAAUUCUUUCAAACAUAUGAACGACCGUAUUUGCCAUUGAACUGUUUCAUAGACCAAUUGGCUACAUACGUGAAGGAGCACGUAAUACUAGUCUAAUGAGCCUGAACAGUUAUCUGCACAUUUGCUGUUGAUGUGGAUCUGUAACAAAUAAAUUAAAAAGCUGCGGUAAUCGCUGCAAUUUCAUUAGGGGUGUUGGAUGUUGGUAUGAUGAUUGCUCGACCAUCUGACCCACCGACUCUGACGUUGGGAACAGUGUUCGCAUGUGAGUUCCCCGCGUGACUAAUUACUCCGCUUAGGCGAAGCCUCAGCAAGGAGUAUGGGAGGGGAAGGUCGUUACAUCUUAUCCGAGACUAUGUCACUUUUUGCUUUCACGCUCACGUUAGCCAGCGGCACCAUUUCCGAUUGUCUUUUGGUAAAACGGCUUUACCAGGAAAGGCAGAAAUGUCUUUUGGAUACUGUUCAUUACAUUUUGACUCUGAAUUUCAGUGAUUACAGCAGUGCUCUAUUUGUCGCCACAGCGGUAGAAUAGAAGGCAACUUUUAUUUGCCUCUAAAUGGAUUUGCCAGACGAAUAAGCACCCUAUGAAACACACUUUGGGCGGUCCAUUGAACACAUGGUAGGUCUGGUUGAUAAAACAUUAGAUACCGCUUUUGACAGAGUUUUUCUAUAGAAAAAUGAAAUAUUUUCAAACAAAAUAUAACUAUAUUAAAAAGGGAAUACUAGUACCGACUUGCAUGUGCACUCCGUCCUCAAAUUUGUACACCUAAAGGCCAGAAUGUCCUUCUGGAAGAAUGACAACGCGAUCAGUGCGCACCGCCCUCUACCAUUAUUGUCGUUGGACUGUUUUAUGGGGGGAGGGAGUUUAAUGCUUAGUAGGAUUUGUCGCAAGGGUUGACUUGCUAAAAACAUUUCAGUCAGCUGAAUAAGGCUAUACUCUAGCGGACGAUUACAACCAUUUGUAUUGGUCACUUUAUGCUUUUGAGAGAUUGCUAAGGGUGACGAAUCUGAGUAAUGCAAUCUACUGUUCAGGACGAAACGAAAAUUCUAAGAUAUUAUGCCAUUAAUUUGGCCAACUAAUGUAGAAACUCAUUUAUUUAGCCUCCAUCUCAGCAUACUGGACUGAAGUUAAAGCGUCGUAAUUCAUAACAAUGCCGAGAUGAAUUAUGUGGAGGUAAAUGUGAAGUCGUCGGUCGCUUAGAAUUAAAAACACGGAGGAAUUAUUCUUCUAUACAAUGGAAAACCACGCAAAGCCUAUUUAAUAUACCUAAGACUCGUUUAUCCUCGAUUGUGAAAAUGCCUUUUUGUUUACUGGCUGUGCUUCGACGAAGCGCAGUAUAAUAGCCUAGUAACUUUGAAAUAGUACUUCGAGGCAUCUCUGCUUCAAGGCUUUGUUGGAUUUGCGUAAACAUACCCUCUUUUGACCACCCCAGUUUAAUGUCGGUGCAAUUCGGGAAACAGACACGCGUGGGUUACUUCCGUUAUUUUGCAGUUGACAGUCCUUACUGUUUUGCGCGUUGAAAUCAUAAUAGUUUUGUCUGAAACCUGUCCGCUUUGCGUCCUUUGACUUUGAACUUCGUCUACGAAAGCAUCUGUUUCUGACUUCCUUUCGUAAACUAAGCGCACAUUAGGAAAAAUAUGAAAACAUAGAAAACCAAAUUCAAAGCAAUCGCGCAUAUCGCAAUACGUCGGGCAGAAAUUUGUACUUAACGUCGUUUAUUUUUAAAAACCCUAAUAGCGCAAGGUAGAGAAGGCGUAAGUUUGCCCAAACUUUAAGUCUCCGCCACAAUUCCAGGCCCGAAUUUGAGGAUUACUGAACUUAUGCACAUUGGUAUUUAUGGAAACGAUGCCGUUUGUCGAAGUGUCUGGAGGUUCUUUCUGCUGUUGUUGCAUGCGAAAGUGGGUGGUCAUUUAGUGCUCCUUUAAUGAAUUCUGAAGACACUGCCCUCGUGCCAUGAAACUAUUCAUAAACGCUUCCGUCUACAUACACGAGCACGACAAGUAGUCGACGUCCGUGACUCGAAUAUACCGAAUGGCAAUGGCAGUGUGCCCUAAUUUUGAGACUUUAGUUAAACAAUAAUUUUGAUGCAACGUACGCCGUUUAUAACAAUGGAACGGGAGAAGACUAUGCGCAGUUAGCGUGCGGGCACAGGGCCUUGUCGCAUGGCAAACUGAUGAUGACUGAUAGAUUACGAGUGGUGAUUCUGUCAUUAUGCAGUAUUCAGUUUCCAGACAAGGCGUGGAUGUCCCCUCUUCAUCCCGCAGUCACGAUAAACUGGAGGUCGAUAAGAAGGCGAAUUUAACGUUUUGUUACUUAUUUUAGCCUCAAUAGCCGCUUUGCUCAGUCUCCCAAUUUAGCAUGUGCACUAAGUGUGUUCCGUGAAGAGAGCAACACGUACCUCAACAAUAUACAACCAUAAAUUUUUGGAAAGGUUCAGGAAUGCGUGUUGGAUUUUGGUAAACGGAAAGUCGUGUGUUUUUCCGCAAACAGCCUGUUUGGUCUUAGUGACCCUACCUACCAGCUUCUAUGGUUCACUGGACCCAAAUUUUCAGUCCAAGAUGUAAAUUGCAUCCAGUAAUUUGUCCAUUUUAAUUUAUGGAGUUGUAUCGGUGCCUGAAGAGGGAAAGAGAACGAAUUUUGACACACCAAGCUCGCCCUUCCAUUCCACAUUCGUCCUGAUUCAGCGACAAGUCAGGGUUCCCAUGAUCAGCGACAGAUGUUGGCUGGCGUGGCGAAAUCCUAGCCUACGUUUGUCGCAUGUGAGUGAGACGUCGACUCUGCUCAAAGUACUCAUCAAUAACUCGCAUUUCUCGUCAAGGAGUGUUGACUUGAAGAUUAUAUUGACGACGAGGCAUUGCUUUCCGAUCCCCAGACAGCAGGUACUAAAUGCCGUUCCUCGAAAUUGUGAAAAAUAGGACCUUCGCAUGUCUUUUUGGAAGCAGUGUCUCUUUAAAAUAUCCGACUCUGUUUCCUUAUUCGCACAAGGUCAACUUAUAUAGUUGCGCAAUAUGUUGGAAAUAGGUAUAUCUCCUUUCUCGAUCUCCGUCAUGUUAGCUGCAGGGAACAGAGGACGCCCAAGUCAAGCCUGUUUGAGGAGCGAAUAAAGCUGUUAAGAUGAUAUCAUAACGGGGAUCUAAUAUGGUCUAUACACCACGCAGGAUAUCCUUAAGACAUAAUGCCCACCUUUUAAUUUCCUCAGAAAGUAAUGGCUAACCCGGAGUAAAUCAGUCUAUUUAAGAAUUAUCAGCUCAGACAAACAUUUGGUAUAAAUAUUUUGGCCGACCAUAGCGCAACAACCGCGCAAUAUUCAUAAAAUGCCAACAGGCAGCAAUACAGCAAUACUACCCUAGCCGGUGAGUAGAGGCGUUGACUUCUAAACCAACAGGUCGCGAGUUCGAGGCUCGGGUGUUCCACACUUCGGGCUUGGGUAUGGCUGGCUGACGACGGCUACUAAGCCAGAAAUGGCCAUUCCAGUCUCCCUUGUCUUUGUCGGUUAUAGUAUUCUGCCUAUAUAUAUAUGUAUAUAAAGUAUGCAAGCGCUCACCUAUCAAGUUAGAGGAUGAGCCCUCCCGUUGUGUCUUGGGCCUCAUUUUCCCAAAGAAUUCCAUCUUUUUAAUUAAAUUUCUUGGGAUGCUGUUUUCCAAUUCGUAUAUAUAUGGGCUGUGGGAGCGCUCACCGAUCAGGUUACGAGAUGUGCCCUCCCGUUAUGUCAGGGGCCUCAAUCUAGACCCCUCCCAGACAGUCACAUAGCGGCUAAUAUUAUAUGCAGAAACGUGGGUACCCUGGGCAUUGUCGGGAUCUCCUUAACUGCAUAUAUAUGUAUACAGAAAUAUAGGCAGCCCAAGAAAUAUAUGCAAAGGUCUGAACAAUUCUUUGGGAAGGCAGCAUAAGGUAUUCUACAAAUGUUUGAUGCAAAGGCGUCAAGUGACGCUGGCUUUCAUAUUGUAGUCAGAGUGCUAUGACUUUUGCAGUAGUAAAUCCGAUAUUUUGGUUGCGUUGUGUAGAUGAAAGAACUAUUUAUUGCUAAGAAAGAUCACCUGUAAGCGUUGGGCGACAUUAUUAACUCAGUAUCUUCAAUUAUCGCACUUAAUCCCGAAGACAAAAUUGACAGAAGUGCAUUCACAUCUGGAUGUCCUCGUAAGCCAGAAAACUGACAGAACAUUUUGCACUAUAUGAAUAACCUCCCUGUUCUUCUGAACACCAGAGCACAAUAGAUUGCCCAAAACGCCAGCUGUCUGCCAGGGCUUUCAAAAUUAAGUUUUCGAAGGCAAUUAACGCGGUAGGGAGUUCUCGGGUGUUCUCUUUUGAGUAGAUGGUUGUUUAUUUCCUAGUUGUGGUCUCAUCUCCACAUGAAAAGCAGUCGCUGAUGAAAAUGAAUAUUCACAACGAAGGCCUGAGAUUAAUAUGCUUUUGAUUUAAUGAACCACCUUCUGUGACAAAACAUGUCAUUAGAGUGUCUUAUAAACUGUUUCACUGACGAAUUGCCACCCCAUUUAUCUGUUGCCGAAAUAAAAUUCAAGAAAAAUAGAGACAUUUUGCUCGUUUGCCCAAUUUUCUGAAUGAUACCGAUCAAUUUCAUUUCCAGAUUAAAUAACAUCAUUUUGUCCUUAUACAGUCUUCGUUCUUCGACCUUAAAUGCGCUAAAAUGUGUCUAAUUUGCUAUUCCUCUGGUGGUUUCGUUUCUAAAUUAUGUAUCAAUGGAAUUUAGUCCGUACGUGAACCAUUUUGACACAUGCUCAGAAGUUCAAAUUACCGGUUACUAAUGAGUCUUUCCGAGGUUGCAGAUGGGACAUUUACGCAGGUCAGGAGAAUACGAAUUUGUUAAAGCAACCGACGAACCGGAGGCUUUAUUAUUGUCUUUUUGAACGGGUAUUACGUAGACUUGCAAGCAAGAAUCUUGAAAUAACUUGCCUAUCAUCACGCGGACCCAUCCAAGUUACUCGAACCUAAUUUCCACGUUUGUGAUGAUUAUUCUGGUAAAUCCGGUUCUGAUUGUAUUGAUUUAAUUUAAUAGGAAAACGCGCAGUAGCGUACAAAUGCUAUCUAGGACAUUUAUUAGCAUAGAAAAUUAUCUGAAUAUAAAGUAACAUUGACUGCGGCCUAUAUUUGUAAGUGAUUCCCUGAUAAAAUUACUGGCAUACACAUUCAGCAUGAGAUAGAGGCAUUUUCGCGGACAGGCCAGGUUUAUGAGUAAAUUGCCCAACGUCCCGAAAUGAUCACACAGAUUUUGACCAUCACUUCCCAUGAGUUAAUGUCAUCUGGUAAUCCAGUUUUCGCAAGCAUCUGCGGCAUCACGUGUUAUGAGUACGAGCUGCCGAUACUCUAACCAGAUGCCAAUUGUAAGACGAUUUUGCCUGGUUUGUAAAUGCGCAGCGUUGUUGUCCAUGAUCCUUAUGGAGGAAUAUCUUCGACAUGUGCUAUCUCAUGAAAUGUUGACCAAAAUUUAAAUAUACGUUUUUGAACUGGGAAGACUGCUAAAGUAGGAUCUUAAUAUCGAUUUUCUUGCAGCACAGUUUCGAGAUAUUUAAGUCAACUCAGGAGGCAGACGGUCCACCAAGCUUCUUUUCAGCUAUCUGCAUAAACUACCCUUUGUAAAAACAGCUACACAUGUAGUAUGAAUUGUUACCAUUUAUGUUCGAUGCCCUUCUAAAUUUAAAUUUAUCUCAUGGUAAACAUGCACAGACAUAUGUAUGCUUCCUUCUACUCAUUUGACGGCAAAUCACGUUUUCUCCAGAUCUAAUGCCUUACGAUUGAGUAUCGUUCUGAUUAAAGGCGCGUUUUCAAUUUCGGAAUAAUUUCAAAACCUACUUUCCAUUAAGCCGGCAUUCAAGGUUUCCAAACUAGAAGCUGUGGGCUUUCCCUAUAGGGAAAAUCAUACAGUUUAUGCGCUACUAAAAUUAUGUCAUAUAGGACUCAAAAUUUGCAAUGGAUGGUGACCUCGUUGUCCAUUUAGUAAGCGUGCUAAUACAACAUUGUUUGAUCGACCGUGUCACGUUCUAAGAAAAUUUCAUAGCUGGAAACUUUCCAACACCGACAGAUACGCCUAUUUCAAGUAUAAAAUCUGAAGAAGAUAUAGUCUGCUACAAAAUUAGUUCAAGAAAAAAUGUUUUUGUGUAUGUCUUCUUAAAAACAUAUUUUAAAAUAAAGGCAUCGAAAGUCAAUGUGAAAAGUUCAUGCCAAUGAGGUUGCCAUUUUUUGCAGAGUAUAGUUUUUGAAAGCGGCCAAAAAGAAGUCGGUACGAAAGCUGAUAUACUGGUAUGCUGAAAAUACCUUUACAUUAUGCUGUACGACAAGUCGUGUUGUAACACUACUUAAUUAAUCGUUCUCAAUAAGAAACACAUUUUAAAAUAGGCAGAAUGUUAUUACCGACAAAGACAAGGGAGACUGGAAUGGCCAUUUCUGGCUUAUUAGCCGUCGUCAGCCAGUCAUACCCAAGCCCGAAGUGUGAAACUUCCGAGCCUCGAACUCGCGAGUUGUUGGUUUAGAAGUCCACGCCUCUACCCACCGGGCCACGAGCCCGUUGUCCUGUCGGUUUUCGAUCGGGAAUAUACAAUGGUAGGGGCUUGGGUAUGACUGGAUGACGACGGCUAAUAAGCCAGAAAUGGCCAUUCCAGUCUCCCUUGUCUUAGUCGGUAAUACCAUUCUGCCUAUAUAUCAUGCACCGCUGUGUGGCUGUUGGUUGGGCUCGAGAGAGAGCCCUUAAGGCACAACGGAACGAGUGAGUUCCGUAUGAACGAUCGGUGAGCGCCCCCUACCAUUACCACAUUUUAAAAUUUCGGUCAACAUAUUAUAAGAUAGCAUAUAUACCGGAUGUUAUUAACUGGCAGUGGUCCCUUGAGUGUCAGCGCACUAUCUGUGCUGGCACCUAUAUUUUUUAAGUAGUAGAAGUUUAAAAUUAACGUUCUAUAAUCUGGUGUUUAGUUAAAGUUUUUAAAGUUAGAAGGGACGCUCGCAAAGUGCGGUAUAUUUGAGCCAUGCUGUUUCGAGUAAUGAUUCUGUCUAUUUGUGUUUAGCGGACUUCAUAGUUUUAUGCAGUGCACUUAUCAUAUGGUGCACUUUCCCUGAUGCGUAGGCCACUAUUGCCAGCAGUGAGACUGAAGAUGAUCUCCGUUUUACAGAGCCCCCAUGUCGGCGAGUUUUGGUCCUGAAGCCCCACUUGAGGGCUAACAUAUGCUUAGCUUUCUAAAGCGAUUGUGGUAGAUGUGAAUAAGUGGACUUUAUAAAUGCCACAGAUUUACAUCAUCCUUACGAUUUUAAUCGAGCCAGUGACCGCGCCACGGGGGAGGAGUUCUUAUACGCCAGCCUUGGUUAAUUCAGGUAUCAGCUCACACGCGCUUCGUUGAAUUCUCAUUAUUAUCCUAUUCCAACAAGUGGCCAAGAGGACUUGCUAGUGGAAUUAUUCCGACGGUGUGGAACUCUGUCGUCUCCACUUCAGUGGCGACGCACUGAGAAUUAUCAUGCAGCUCCCUCCGUUGCCUUCCAGCCGUGAUUGCACUCUUCGUGCAGCACAGUUCCGAGAUAUUUAAGUCAACUCAGGAUGCAGACUGUCCACCAAGCUUCUUUUCAGCUGUCCGCAUAAACUACCCUCUGUAAAAACAGUUACUUACGUAGUAUGAAUUGUUACCAUUUAUGUCCGAUGACCUUGUAAACUUAAAUUAAUCUUAUGGAAAACAUAAACGGACAUCUUCUUUCUUGUCGCGGGAAGUGUGUUUACAUGCCACCCUCACUUGCAUCCCUGUACGUGCAUCGGGCUCUGCUUGCGCUCCCUUUCUCUUCCUAAUCCAGCGAGUGGCUAAGUUAUAUAAGUUUACUAAAGUUGUUUUAGUAAGCUAAAAAUGUGGUAUUACUUAGGUGGGGCUGCAGAACCAAACCUCGCCCCCGCCCCUGGCGAUGAUUGUUGCAUUUAGUCCUUGUUCACUGUCAAGGUGGUUCGUAAAACCAGGGAGUGAGGGGCAAAUCGAUUCGGCGGUUGACUGAGCAGUUGAUGAACAUGCUAUCGAUCUUAAUAUUGCGUCUUUAACGUCGCGGAAGUGGAAUUUACCGAUUUACGAUGGUUGCAGAACGACACACGAGGCAAUUUCGCCAUGGCUUGGAGAUCCAGUUACGUAUUAUGUCAACUCAAACAUUUACUCCAGAGGUGACAUUUGGGGGGAGGAGGAAUGUUGAGUCUCCCGUUGUAUCGCUCGUACUAAUUAUCGAUCAGAUGUUGGGGAACACAAAAAGUUGAUUUAAUCUUUAACUUUUCCCUGCGUUUUUCGUGAACCCUCUACAUGGGUUGGCACCUCAAAUCCAAGUAGGGCCUAGAAUUUAAACCCAAUGGAAAUGGGUGUGAUUAAAUGUUUAAGCGAUUUAGGCAGGCAAGAAAAUGUUUUAAUUUUGGCAAAAAGACAAAUUAUUUUGAGUUCGCUAGCAUGUGCUCCUCACUCUGUAAAAAUGAAGGGGGACUGACACUUAAUGAUUAGACUGAACAUGAGAGCUCUCAAAUAUGCACCUAGGUGUGUGUCAAUUUUGUCCUAUAACGAAAAAGAAAGAGAAAUGGUCAGGUUAUGCUCUUUUGAUUAUAUCAGCAACAUUUCUCAAGAAAGAUUAUUUUAACAAUCAGUUUCUAUUUUAUUUCAUCAAUCUUUAAGAAAGCCUUGGAAGCUAGAUGAAUUACUGCAGCCAACUCUAGACACCUGUAAAUCAUUAAAAUAUUACCGCCAGUUUUAGGCAUUUUUUAACAAACACACAAACUAUCGUCGAAUAUUUCGAAAAAAUGUGUGCCGACUAGACGAUACUUUUCAAGAUAUGUUUUAAAUUGUCAGUAUAUGCAAGCGGCAAAUUUCGGAAAGUAUUUGGGAAUAAAAAGACUCCAUCACAGGGGUCCGGACUUUACUCGUAAGACGUUAUUCAGUCACGCUUGAUUUAGUCAUCGGAGACAGCAAUAUAUUUGCUUCUGACACAAAUUUGUUUUGCAAAAGUUAAGACUCCUAUGCGUUGGCGGACAUGUUGCGGUAAAUGAUUCCGGUUAUUAUUCUUGAAAAAAUUCAUGAAGACAUGUAGUUAAUGUAAGUGAUUUUACAAAAUAAUCUGAUCGUAAACUGCAAAGAAAACUUGCAAUUAUCAUCCAAACUAGCAAGUGUAGAUUUCGCUGUUAUGAACACAGGAGCCUCGCUUCACUAAUGGUCUAAAAGGCUUUGGUAAAAGAUGGUAACCAUACACUCGUAAUUUCUGACGGAUACUUCGACGAUUUUCUAUUGGACAGCAUACGAAAACACGUUUUCGCUUGUUCGAAUUUUAUCUCCUUUAUCGUUAGUUCAGUUAUCAUCCCGAGAAUGUUUAGGAGCCAAAUAUUUGUCGAUUUCGGCGUAACACUCAAUCAUUAAUGCGUGCGUGAAGGCCGUGAGGUGUUACAGGUGCUUCUGCACAAAUUAGCUGAAGAUGGGAUAAAGCUAGUUACCAUGGCAACUCUCCAACCCCAAUUGAACUGACAAGUCUGUUGCUGACCUUCAUGUCCAAUCUGGCGCCAGCAGUUUGUGCACAUGUGACCCAGUUUUAACAUUUAUGUGGCUCGGAAACAAUCGUGACCUCAAGGAAAUCGCAGAAGCAUUUUACAGUGUCCGUUCUCAGCAGGUGCCAUGGAUGUCCUGACUGCGCUGGCCGUCCGUUUUAACCCGGUAGCCUAAGGCUUACGUCAUCGCAGCUACUGUCUGUCAGAAUUUCACCCACACACACACACGCGCGGCUUUUUCGAAUACUUGGCGGACAUAGAGGUAAAAAGGGGCGGAGACCUCUUACGAGAUAGCUGACUGAUCAUGCAAUUUUUCACAUAAUGCCCAGAGUUCAACAUGCGUGCUUUAAGAGGACACACAGGUUACAACAGUUAGUUGAGAGGCGGAGACAAGAAGCACGGUCUGUCCUGGCUUUUCUGCCGUACUAGGCCAGGAACAUCCCUGACCCAAGUUAAGGAGAGCAGGUAUCAGAUGAUGAUGAAGAAGAAGAAGAAAAAGAAGAGGAUGAAGAUGUGAUCACUGGAAAAAAAAAUUAUUGGCCUUACGUUUCGGAUUCUUACUGGAACCAAUCUUCAGAGACGGUCGCAGAUAAGGGUAGUGGAGACACAAAGACUGUAGUAUUUAUAAUACGUAGUCGUUGUGGGGCCACAGUCCUCGCAACCGCCGCUUGUUAAUGGAUUGCGGGCCUGAAAACCACGAUUCGAGCAGCUCGCGGCUCAUGCGGUUUUCAGCUCUUGCGAGGAUUUCGACCUCUUGAAUGACCUCUCGAAUGAGGUUCGGUAGAAUGAGCUGCUGUCUAAGAGCUGGUGUCAUUCCUCCUCAUCGCUGCUGCGCGCUCAGCCAUGCGCGUCCGAAGUAAUCUCCCAGUUUCUCCGACGUACUUGACUUCCUUGCAGCUGUAUCAGGAAUUUGUUCUGAGAUAAAUUCUUCAACCAAGCAUAGGCAACGAAUCGACGUCCAGUGGUCUACGAUUGGUAAUGACUAUAGUCACAUGAAGUGGUGCUCACCGUCUACAGUUCACGUACUGUUAAACCUAUUUCUUUUUAAAUCAGAGAAAUUGAAAGCAGAUGUCGGAAUCUCCAUGAGGUGUAGGGCUGUCCCACACAAUAAAGACUAUCUGAAUUUUUAUUAAGAUUCCAUGUUCAGUGACCGAUUUCCCACACAACUUAAUUUUAAAAAUCAUCAUUAUAAAAGGGUCCCUUAGAACUAAUGGGCAAUUCACUUCUCACUAAAAACUUCCACAGUGUGAAGUACGCGGAAGGUACCCCUGAUCUCCAUCAACAAAUAACCGAAAUACCAGCAACCUUAAGUUGAUGUUUUGAAGCCAAAACAGAAGUGGGUAGCCCAAAUAAAAUACCAACUGUUUCGUGGUAAACUAUUUAGUACCAAAACAGCAAGCCUUAGUUUAACCAAUAUAAUCUGCCAUCUAUCAACAGCAGCAUAGGAAAAUUACCAUAAAAUUGUCUUGGUGGAUUAACUCACCAGGUGCUCUAUCCUUCUGCCAUUCAUUUACGAACAUUUGUUGCUGGGGAGGUUUAAAGGGUUUUACGAAUCUGUAGUCGCAUCUGCACCCAAAGCGCGGCAACGCAGUUGGCUGUCGGCAGACUGUGGACCGUGGACCGUGAUGACUGGCAGUCGUGCCCAAGAGCGGAGAAACAAAAAAGUUGGAAUCAACUGACCAUGAAGUGAGGGAGAACAGAAAUGUCUGCUAGAGGAUAGGCUAAGCUGUUCGAGGACCGGGCACUCUUUCAAGACAUAAUGCCACUGGAUAUCGUACCGGUCAGAUGGGCUUAUAUAGUCGCACCUGAUGUAAACAAGCCUCAGUCACCUGUAAUAAGGGACCGGUGGUGAUAGGGGUUUAUAGAGGUGAGGCCGAGGAGCGCAUAGACGACGCAGUAGGGCACUUGUAUGCAAAAGAAAUGCUAUUGGGAAUGCGCGGUUGUACUUUGUGUGGUUGAGAAAUAGUUGCCCUAAUCCUAAUCCAAAUCCUAGCCUCUAACCCCAACCUUCAACUCUGAUCCCUAUCCCCUCAACCCCAACCCAAGCAGUAUUGUGUCCAUCAGGUGGCAGCUACAUAACCACCUCUUACCUUUGCAUAUCGCGCGUUGAGAAAUGUUAAUUUCAUGGUCUUUGCAGAUUCUGUAACUUGAGUGUUGAAGAGGCCAUCUCGAAAAGUAUUGCCUUUCCCACCCAGGCAAUAUCGUACUGAGCUUACAACUGGGCACCUUUGAGAUAGUUCUGCAAGAUUGUUGGUCGAAGCACUGGGCACCGUUCACAGCUAAGAGUCGCUCUCCCUAACCCUAACUCCUAACAGUAUUGUGUCCAUCAGGUACGGCUGCACAACCACAUAUUACCGCCGUAUCUGCAUACAUCCAGUAUUCAACUCGAAAGUAUCGUUUUUGUCCUGAACGUCUUCCUAGUUUCCCUGCAUCCCAUCGGCUUACUGUCCAGCAUGUUGCCCCACCCGUAGAAUGCCCAUUACCAUUACAAUCAUUCCCGUAUGACACGAUCCACAGUAUACUGACAGCUAAUUGGAGUCCUUCACUCUACCGUUGCCCAAAGUGCAGCUUAGCCGUCUCUGGAGGAACUGUCAUUUGCGUUAAUCUACGCUGUCGUAACCGCCGGGGACGUACAUUGACAGGGCUGAAUUUUUUUUAGGCAGGCUUCCCAACACUCGACUAUAAUAGUAAGAGUUGCGAAAAUUCCCAUAGCAGUAAUUAGAAGACGAGGUGGCGAGCAUACGUAGUUUUCGAUAAAUUCUUGUCGGGCCAGUUCAGUGAUAUGGGAGCAGGGUAGAAGAAAAAUAUGUCAGCGAUAAAAGAAAUCGAUAAAAUUUCGCCUUUAAACGCAGGCGGAGUGUGGGAAUGUGGGGGGUUGGAUAGAAAGGGGGGAAGGGGAAUGAUAGCAGUCCGUUUCAGGGGCGGGGAAACUCCUAAGGAGACGUAUUGAUCAAGCUGUCUCGAGAACCAUCCCAGCAGCAAGGGUUCAAAUAGCACCUUCAGACACCGGUGGUCCUACGUCUUGGUUGCAUUCAAAAUCCCAGUUAAGGUACAAACCCGCAUUAGAACAGGUGUGAUGGAUACUCAACAACUCCCCCACUCCCCCUCCCACAAGCCCAUCACAUCGUUUUUUGGACAAAUGGACGGAUCUGAAGCCCUUAGGCUUAUAAGUAGUUGUGCAUGGCAGUCGUUUUCCCUCGAGUAACUUUGACUAGAGAAAGAUCUUUGGAUGCCGGAAUGCUUGACGUAUCUGCCCAGUUUAUUCUUUGAAGCAGUACUUGUUCGAACCUGCCACCAUAUAACUGUCGGUAGAUAAGGACAAAAGCAAUACUUAUUCCGUUACAUGAUGUGGGUUCUCGCUCGUGUUCUCAGAAGAAGAACCGUCAGGGUCGUAUUGAGAGGAGAACUUUAAAAACUGGUCAGUGAGUUUUGCAACUCUCCAAUCUCGCAUAAAUGCCCUGAAUUGCAAAUAAGCGCGGUAAGAUGCGGUUAUGUAGCCCCACCUGAUGAACACAAUACUAUUGGGGGUUAGGUUAGGGGUUAUGGUUAGGGGUUAUGGUGGUUAAGGGAUAGGGUUGGGGAUUAAGGCAACUAUUUCUCAACCAUUCAGCGUACAACCGUGCAUUCCCAUUGGCUUUUCUUUUGCGUACACCUACUUGACCUCGGUGCCUGUGCGUCCCCCGGCACCUCUUGUGAAAACCCCCAAUUACCACCGGUCCCGCAUUUCAGGUGACUGGGGUUCGUUUACUUCAGGUGGGGUUACACAACCACAUCUGACCAUAAUCCCUUGUUUAAACCCACAAAUGCGUAUCGCAUUAGUUUCAAAAAGGAGGUAUCUCUUCAAAUGUAGACCUGGAGAUCUAUCCAGUGCCCAUAUAAACCCCUAGGUUUCCGUUUUAAGAGUCAGAAUCUUGUUUUACUCAAUCUCAUAUUUCAGAAGAUAAUAUUUGAAAGACUACCCUUCUUCCUUGUUUAUGAUGUGUUUACUUGUUGCAAGGACAAUUCCACACUGAUAGCCGUAUAUAAAUCAUGAAAUCUGAAUUCCCUCUGCAACUUUUUGAGGCUAGAUUAUGCAGAGAGCAAGUAGACUGAAAAUAGCCAUCCCUUUCUAGAAUCAACUGUAUCGUGCAAACACGACGACCUGCAGCACCAUAACAACGUCGCUACUCAGUGCCGUUCCUAUUGUCUGCGGGCAUUGCACCAACAGAACCGACGGCCAACAACGUCAACCCGAAUUAAAACCCACAUGUACAAUAGAUGGGCUUACUUAUGAAAUAUCAAAUGUAAUUCCAAAAUGCGUUUUCGUUUCGAAAAGAUUAAUUAAGUAGGGUUAUAAAACCAAUCGUCGUGCAGGAAAAUUCUCUCACAAUUCAGUCACCUCAGGAUGCCGGCUUUCAAACAAAUUUCUUAUCGGCUGCAUGCAGGAAGUAUACUCUGUAAAAAAUGGCUACUUAAAAAGCAUGCUUUUUUCUCAUUGGUUUUCGAUGCCCUUAAAAAUUCAGUUAUAUUUCAUGGAAAACAUGCAUUACAAUGGUUAUUCUUUUGCUCAUUCAGUAGAAAAUUACGUCAUCUUUCAAUAUUUGUUCGAAAGAAGAGUAUGCUUCGGUUUUCAAACGUUUUCGAAUCCCCGAAUAAUUCUGAACCCGACCUGCUGUUACACUUGCAGUCGGGGUCUCGAUACUACAAGCCGUAUAUUUUCCGCGCACGGAAAACCAUACAUUUCUCUACGGUAUUAGAGGAGAUCGUAAAGAGUUUAUAAAAUUUAGCAGUGGAUUUGAUCCACAUUGUUAACUUUCCAAGCCACACUGGUAAAUGCAGAGACAUGACGUUUUACGAACGGCCAUUUCAUGGUGUUAAGAAAUAUCACAAUUAUAAACUUUUGAGACCGAAGUUUACUCUUCCUUCGAGUGCAAAAUUGGAAUAAGACGUCAUUUUCUGCGGACUGAGUAAAAGAAUGAAUAUUUUUCCGAAUGUUUUCCAUGAAAUAUGAUUGAAUUUUUAAGGUCAUCAAAAAUCAAUUGGAAAAAUGAAUGCUGCAUAAGUAGUUAUCCUUUACAGAGUGCAGUUCUUGCAUUCAGCCCGGAAGAGGUUAGUUCGAAAGCCGGUAUCCUGAAAUAACUGAAUUAUUAGAGAAAUUUGCUGCUAAUCGAUUGUUUUACAAAACUUACUUUAUCAAUCUUUUCAAAACGAAACGCUUUUUGGAAUUUCGGUCGACAUUUCAUGGGUUAGCCCAUCUACUGUAUAAACGUGAAUUUCCUACUUAACCCUGAAUUAUUUCAGUAAGAAAAUUUGUCCACAUAUCCAUGCGUCAUUGUUGCUUUAUAAAGCUACCACGUCCUCUUUUUUCUUCGGCUCUGUGACGUGCGAUGUCACCGGGCAAAUAAUUUAGGUCAGCAUGCUUUCAAGUAUAACAAUUUUGGUAGACAGUCUAGUGCCAGGUGGACCAGUAGGGCGUAGCCAAAUUAAUUUGAAUGUGCUUUUGAAAGUAUCAUCUCCGAGUUAGUAAAACCAAACAAGGAGGUCUACCACGAGGAUGUACAGUAGGUGUGCUAACUCAUGUCAACCGAAAUUCCGAAAUGCCUUUUCGUUUCUGAAAGAUUGCUUAGGUAGGGAUGUGAAAGUAAUCAUCAUGCAGCCUAAUUCUAUAAUAAUUCCAUUUCCUCGGGAUGCCGACUUUCAAAUGAUUUUCUUUCCCGGCGAAUGCAAAACCACAAUCUGUAAAACGUAACUACUUAGGUAGCAUAAACUUUUCUCAUUGAUUUUCAACGCCCUUAAAAACUCAAUUAUAUUUCAUGGAAAACAUGCAUGCAAUAUUCAUCCUUUUACUCAUUUGUUAGAAAAUUACGUCUCCUACCAACUUCAUACUCGCAGAAAGAGCAUCAUUCAGUUUUAAAAGUUCCUAACUCUGAGAUUUUUUAAUGCCGUUAGUAAAAUAGCAUAUGUCUGCAUUUGCUAAUGUGGCUUGUAAAGUUUACAAUAUCGCUCAAAUCCGCUGCUAAAUUUCAUGAACCCCAUGGGGUCUCUUCUUAAUAUCGUUGAGAAAUGUAAGGUUCUCCGUACGCAGCAAAUACAUGACUUGUAGUUUGGAAAGCCUGAAUGCAAGUUUAACGGCAGGUCAGAUUCAAAAUUAAUCGGCAAUCGGAAACGAUUUUGAAAACCGAAUAAUGCCUUUUCUUGGAGUAUAAAAUUGAAAGAAGACUUAAUUUUUUAUUAAAUAAGCGGAAGAAUGAAUAUUUUUAUGCAUGUUUUCCAUGAAAUAUAAUAAAACUUUUAAGGGUAUCGAAAAUCAAUGAGAAAAAUACGUUCUACAUAAGCGGUUACUUUUUGCAAAGUGUGAUUUUUGCAUGCGGCCAGUUAGUUAGAAAGCCAGCAUUCCGAGGUACCUGAAUUAUUCUAGAAUCAUGCUGCGGUAUGAUAAAUUUUACAAGCCUACUUACGUAAUCUUUCCGAAACGGAAGCGCAUUUCAGAAUUUCAGUUAGCAUUUUAUGAGCAAGCACACCUACUUUAAACAACAACCAUGGGCGAGGUUUGGUUCUGCGGACUUACUUGAUUGAUACCAUAUGGUUAGCUUCCUCAAACAACUUUAGUAUAUGCGAUUUCGUUGACCUUGCACAUAUCACGUAUUUGCGCCUUCCUUGCUAUUUCAAUCCAGCGAGUUACUGUGCCUCGGGCUCAGGUGGGGGGGGGUCCAUAUACGCCAUCCCCGGUAACAUCAGUCGUCAGUUUUCAUGCGCUUCCCUGAGCGUGCUUCAAGCCCAACUUGUGCCCUCGUUAUUAGUAUUAUCUUAAUUAGGCGAGUGGCUAAUAAGGCUUAUUAGUGGCAUUGUUCGGGUGGAUUGGAACUCCGUCGGUUCCACUAUAGUGCUGCGAAUGGGCACGCGAUUCUCGCCGUGGCCUUCCAGCCGUGAUUGCUUUCUCCUCAUCCUCUUAAUCCAGCGAGCGACUAUGUCACGGGGAGAGUGUGUACACGCCACCUUCUCUUACACCAAGAAUCGGUUCACACAGGCUUAUUUGCGUCUGCUUCGAGCUCCGCUUGCGUUCUCUUCCCCUCCCAAUCCAGCGAAUAGCUAUAUUGGGUAUGUUAAAUAAAACCGUCUUCCUUGUCUUUGUCGGUAAUACUAUUCUGCCUAUAUAUCAUGCGCCGCUGUGCGGCUGCUGGUUGGGAUCAAGAGAGAGCUCGUAAGGCACAACGGAGCGAGUGAGCUCUGUAAGAAUGAUUGGUGAGCACCCCUCUACCAUUAAAUAAAACUGUUUUAGGAAGCUAACCGCAUGGGGCUACAGGACCAAACCUCACCCAACCAUGCAAGCAAAGAUGUCGGGGCGAGUUGGAAUUCCAAUUGUACACGCCUUACGUGUUCAGCAUCUACCUCUGCGGAUUGGAUCCCAAAUAUUCCCAAGGAAUUGCUGGUUUAAUUGACCUUUGAGCGAGAAUGACUGGACGCUGCCGACACCCGCCCACUUGCGGCGGCUAAGGCAGCGUUCACCAUCUCAGCUCAUUCCUCCAGCACAGCAUCCUUCAUAGGAAACCGAGGGAAUUUGCGUUGUCGGAAGCAGAACCUAAAUGCCACAAAAAAUAUCCCCAUUACACUGCAUGCGGCCGUGUGUGCGGUUGUCUAUGUGCGCGCAGAAAAAAGAGUUCUACCAGGAUUGCCUUCUUCUCCUUCGCCUGUCCGCACUGCUGCUUCUCGGUUGUGGGCACCAGAUUGUUUCACACCCUGUCGACAUGCCGACUACCCCCUGCCCCCCCCGCGCCGACCCUCCGUGUGGUUUGCCGAUAUGGCGCUAAAUUAGACGCACUUCCCCGUCAAAUGCUUCCGUCGCCCGCCGCCCCCUUUGGUGGUCGUCCCACCCCACCAGUCGCACGUUGAGUGCGCGUACGCCACCGUUUAUGUGCGGUUACGCUCCUUGUCAGAUCGGAUGCAGGAGGCGAUGGUGCAUAGAUAUCUUUACGCCGCGGUCGGGGGAGGGGGGGGGGGAGCGCGUCUUGAUGACUCAUCGCAGGUAAGUGCUGAUGAUAGAGGUGGGGUUAGACCGUCCCUUGGGCAGGUUGAAGCAGGAACCACGAUCCGCCACCGAAAUGACGCCAAGCAUGGUACCUGUAGAGGCGCUAGCAGUACGUCCGAAAAAGCCUCCCGUACGUGACUAAGCACCCGGAGCGGGCAGAAACUGGGGGACUUUGCCAGCUAGAUGGUCGUUCUUUUGAUGAUGAUUAUAAAAACAAGACUCCUGUCAAAAAGAAAGUAGUAAAUGACUGGCAGUGGUACGUUUGUUACCAGCGGGAGCUGCCCACCGCUAGAUGAGCGAGAAUGAAGGUCGUAUUACCCCUUGUAACAUAAGUGAGGAGGAGGUACUCUCAGACAAUUUAGGGGAUCCGCGACUGACCAACGUAGGAUUACUAACUUAGGUGAGUAGUAUAGGAACAGAUAGAAAGCCAUACGUACGGGCAGUCAAAAAUUGGGUAAGAUUUGGUUUGGUAGCCUCACCUGACGGACAGAAUACUGUUGGGGCCGGGGUUAAGGGUUAGGGUUAGGGGUUAUGGUUAGAGGUUAUAGUUAGGGGUUAGGGUUAGGGGUUAACGCAACUGUUUCUUAACCAUUUAAAGUGCAACCGCGCAUUUUCAAUAGCUUUUCAUUUCCAUACAACUACUUGGCCUCGUCGCCUGUGUGUUCCCCGGCUCCACCUGUAAAAAACCCUUAGUACCACCGGUUCCGUAUUAGACGUGACUUUGUUUUGCCUACUUCAGGUUGGGCAGCAAUUCGGAAUACUUGUCGGCUAGAAGGCUGUUUUUUGAUAAUAAUUACAAAAUCAAAACCCCAGAGUAAAAAGGGGGUAGCGGCAAGCUGUGAUUGUGUAGCUCCACCUGAUGGACACAAUACUGUUGAGGUUGGGGUUACUUGUUAGGGAUUUGGGUGGCGGCUAGGGGAUAUGGUCAGGGGUUGGGAGUUAAGGUUAGAGGUUAGAGUUAGGGUUAGGCGUUAGAGCAGCUAUUUAUCAACCAUUCAAAGUACAGCCACGCAUUUCCAAAAGCUUUUAUUUUGUAUAAAAUUACUUGACCUUGUUGCUUAUGCGUUCCCGGUCCCACCUUUAAAAACCCCUACUACCACCGGUCCCGUAUUUCAGGUGGUUGGUGUUUGUUUACUGCGGGUGGGGUUACAUAGCCACAUCUGACCGGGGCAACUAACUGGCUGUCGUAUGUAAGCCCACAGAGCGAACAGCAAUGUGGUAUACUUGCUAGCUUGAAGGUCGUUCCUUUCAUAAUAAUUGCAAAAUCAAGACUCCCGGGUGAAAAGAAAGGAACAGCUAACAAACAGUCAUAUAUUUGCUGCCAGAGAAGAGCUGGCCACUGCUAGAUGAACAAACGGGGGCAUUUUCACACAGUGUGAAGAAGUGCCAGGAAGGGGGAGGGGGUAGGAUUAUUGACACAGGUCGGAUUCUGAUGACAUAGGAACUGAUGGCAAACCCCAACUUUUCCAACAGAAUUAGAUGACAUAGCUGACAUACUGGGAGAACACACUGUGAGGCCUCGGAUACACCUGUAGGCAAACGCGAAGACCUCUCUGUCUCGCAUUAAACCAGACGGCCUUGAAUUGAAGUCUGAUUUCUAGGCUGAGUGCAUCCGAUUCAGAUGUGAAAUUGUUUUUGAAGGCUUGGGAUUAUAAUCAGGAUGCCUCGCCACCUGUCAUUUGCAUUUUCUGAGUACGCCACGCCUUAAACGAUGUGGCCUGGUCCAGUAGCUCGGGACUACGAGCGAGGCUUCUCUGUCAAGUAGUUGGGCUGUGUACCGUGGGGGCACGUAGUCGGGGCUCGCUUUAGACGAACAUUUUAGUGUCCUGGUCUCUGUUUUUUGCUCGUCCUUGAUACUUCCCGUGCCAUUUGGUGCGCACAGACUCAGAUGGAAGACGGUGUAUUCCUCCGAAGAUGAGAAAUUAAAGGACGAAGUCCAAGUAAAUUCAUUUGAGAUCAGUAAAUGCUCAUGAGUGUCAGGGAUAGCAGGGUAUUCUCGUUAGCACUAGGGAUGGUGGUUGCAACGACUACGACGACGACGACGAUGAUGAUGAUGAGGAGGAGGAGGAGGAGGAGGAGGAGGAGAAGAAGAAGGAGGAGGAAGAAGAGGAGGAGGGGGAGGAGGAGGAGGAGGAGGAGGUUAACGAUGACGAGGAUAAUGAUGAUGAAGUUGUGCAAGAUAAGACAGAAUACAUAAAGACCGAAAAACUUAUUGAUAUCAAGUCAAAAAGCUCGCAGACGAUGAGGAGGACAAAUUGUGGAAUGCUUAACAAAAACUGA